UUCUAUCAGUUAGCUACUGCUCACAAGUGCAUGUAUGUAUGUAUAUCUAUAUACAACUUCGUGCAUUGAGAUUCUGCUAAAUAUUAUGGGAGCCAAUGGAUUUUUUGGAAAUUGACCCUGUUACCUUGAAUUUGGUCAUCCUUGUAGUUAGCUAUGUCAUCCUGCUUUUGGUUUUCCUAAUUUCUUGUGUGCUGUAUGACUGUAGGGGAAAAGAUCCCAGUAAAGAAUAUGCUCCUGAGAUCCCGACAGAACCUCAGCCUCCAAUCCAUCUCGUGGUGAUGCAGCAAGGAAAUACAAGUCCCCACUGGGGUAAAGGACUUGUCCAUGCUUAUGAAAAUUCUUCAGGUCCACCAGGAAAAAGGACUACAGUUGUUUAAGAAGGCCUUCCGUUGCACCUGAUUUCCAGUCAAGGAUUGUCUCAUCCAUCAUGUUUACAUCCUGUUUGCAUAAGGAUAUCA